AUGAAUAAAUAUAAUCCACGACCUGCAAAUAAAAAAACUAUGGUUAAUGAUCAAGAUUUUAUCGAUGAAUUGGAACAAUUUUUGGAUCAAUUGGAUAAAACCAAAAAGGUAAAAAUUCAUUGA